UUUUCAAAAUAAUUAGAGCAAACAUGAGGGGAGCACCAGUGCAGUUUUGGCCGAUAUCUAUGUGGAUACUGGCAGUUGAAGCGCAGAGUCAUGUACGCGUAGCCAACGGUCUGAAGACAGGCAAGCUUAGCUAUUUCGAUUAGUUGCUGAAUGGUGGCUCGACAAAACAGGCUUCUUUGCAGCUGAACUGCCGGCAUUGAGCAGUAUAACGUGUUAUAUGAAGCAGAAGAAUAUACCGUUGGAUCAGCAGCUUCUCCAUAUUUUGGAUGAGCUUAAAACAUUACUGUCACCGACACGCCGGAUGGGACUCCAUGGGGUUGUCAUUUAAUCAACAAAUCUAUCGGUUUCUCAACUGGAGGACGCGCUCAAUCAUGCAUGGAAGGCAGCCUUCGUUGCAGAGCAAUUUACCGGCAGUCCAAACGCUGCGCCAACGGACGCGCCACGUGUGCGAAUGUUAUCUAUGCUGAAUUCCCAGGACGGGAUAUCUGAAUCCGGUUCAUCGGCAACACGAAUACUCUAUGUCAUCGUCAUGUCGAACGCUUCGCAUUCUGCUGAGGCGACUGCAGUGCAUGCUACAACGAUUCGCCCUCGCAAAAUAGCCCCUACACCAAAAUACGAAUUCAUACUGAAACUGCGUGAACAUGGCGUACAAGUGUACAAUGAAACGACGCCUCCGGUUUUCCCGAUGCCGCCAGAUGAUUAUCCUUGUUUGAUCAUGGGUGAAAUAAUAAGCGACAUCCCGUUCAUAGUCGACGCACCCGGCGUGCAAACCGAUGAAUUACGCCGGCAAUCUAGAUCUGAAAGAAGACCAAGUACACAGUACGCGCACCUGAACAGUAGUAUUUAUCGUUAAUUCAUGGCAGUCGUACUCGUAUCCUACGUUUCUUGCAUUCUUAUAUUAAUUGUUCAUCUACAAAGAUUUUUUGAUUUAACUGCGAGAAAUUUCUUAUGAACGCGACGGAAAACCUGUCAGAUACCGCUGACGAUUCACAGGAUGCAAAGCCCAGUCCAGAAUGGUCCUUCCGUUUAUUUUCCCCCAAACCCAUUACUGUGCAAGAUCUACCAUAUUUCCAGAAGCAGAUCAUGAAGAUCCUGUUAUCCUUUAUAGACACUCAGAAGCAGUCGCUGAUGGUGUUUAUGUGGAAUCCUGACGUCGACAACGGCACUGCUAUUAAUUUCUUUAUUCGGUUGGUAAAAAGCUACAGACACUCCAUCUAUCUGGAUUCUCGCAUGCUGUAUGCUGACGGUAUAUAUAAGCGGUUGGAAGAGGCUCGCUUUCGACCUGAUUGGCUCCGCGGAUCGUUUGCCCUGUCGCGCGCACCGGUCGUCCAGCCAUCCGACCCACAUUGGGAACGAUUUCUCGCGGACUGCGAUGAAGGGAAGAAACUACAGGAUCUCACAUACGGUUGGUUAUGUCCGUUACGCCCAACAUUUGCUCUGCAUUAUAUCGUGCCACCGAAUAGCGCACUAGCACCUCAGUCAGGUACUUUCAAUCCAUACCAUCUUCACACUCUUCAAGAGCAGUUCAUGGAAACGGUGCUGGCCAAUGUGACGAAGCAAUUUGCCAUCGCGAAUCCUCUGACAGUCAUGGGUGCAGGGUAUAAGAUCAGUCUCGUCAGUCACGCACCACUGGCUCAAUUCCGGACCAUACGAGGAUAUAUAGUCUUCUGCAUUACCAUGGCCUUCGCCCUGUCCAACUUGACCAGUGGAAGGAUUGAACAUAUAUGGCGAUUUCCCACUUCACCAGGCAUUUUCCAGCCUUAUCAACCGUUUCGCGUUUAUCCAACCGCACCAGUCAAUUAUCAGCUAUUGCCGAUGUUUGAGAGCCUCGCCAAGGAACGUGCAUGUAUGGCAGCGUGACCUUACGGGAAACGUGAUUGAUUUUCACGUGUUGCUCGCUGGAGCCGAUGUCUAUGGUAAUACUCGAGAAUUGGCCGUCGAUCCCGGUUCAGACUUUGGCACAAGGAUCUACGACCAUGUGUGCCGUAGUAUAAAUAUGACAGAGACGUUCUUUAAUGCACUGGCACAGUUGGUGGAAUUUAAGUGUCCAGAGACAACGUGCACCAUAAACCAAUCAAGGAAACUAUGCGAUAAUCCGUCGACACUCGCACGCAGCACAUCUUCGCUGCCGGCAACGUUUUCUUUCUGGGCCAAGAUGGGCAGCAGCGACGAAGAACUGUACAAUGAAUUGAAUUUGGAUAUGGACGCUAUUUUGCAUGCCGUGGGCAACGCCUUCUCCGCAGCCAAUCCACUGACCAUCGAUGAUCUUUACCUCAAUGUUACGCUAUCCGGGCAUUCCAGAGGUAAUGUGACAUCUGACGGGUACGUAGAGCUUGUAGAAAGAGUGCGGCUGUUGGGACAAAGGCAAAGUGGUAACACUGUAAACGGAGUCUGUUAAUGCGCAUACAGGAAAACGGUGGAAAACUUCACCUUUACGCUGACGUAUCCGGAGACGGACUCGGGCAAAUACUGGAACGUGUGGCGCCUGCCAGAUCGCGCAAUGUUGGACAUCUCUUUGCGGGACCAGGCGUCCGCUGUUUACGCUACUGCUUAAUCACCGCCUUAAUGUACAUGUGUAGGCUGAAGUGUCCAAGAAAACAUCCAAAUAGAGCUAGUACAGUUUAAAUAAAACCACUAGCACAAUACAAGAUUUGACAGUUGAAAGGCCACGAAAUGUCACUUACAGAGUAGAAGAGUCGCCGCUAGAACACUUGACUCAAGUUUCGCUUUUUUGCAAGCGAGAAAGAACUUUAAUUAAUUCAAGGCCAGCUUCAGCAUUCUAUGCAGAGAGUUUUCGCGUCGCACUGUGGUUUUAAUUUUUGUCGCAUUUUACAGUUUCUACAAUCGUGAUAAUAAAUACGCAUACAUUACGAUUUGCAAUGUAUGCGUAUUUAUUAUAGCUUUAAAUAGCAAUACAUCCAGUAUGGAAGAUUAUGCUUAAUUUUAGGCGAUAUCAAUUUGCUGGGAGCCAACAUUCGUGGCACAGCAAAUAAUUAGCAAAAAGCCUUUUUUAAGUGCAAAUUAUGUGUUUGUUGACCGCAAGAAAUUUAUUAUUUAUAUAUAUUUAGAUUUAAUUAUGGUAUCUGCUGCAGUCCGAGUUCGAUUGCAAUUCAACAGUUUUUGGUUUGGAACAACGGAUAAUCUGCAGCACCUGCGAUUCCCGGACGCGGUAACUGGAUUCCGAUAUUUUACAGCUGAUGCCAAAUUCGUAUGCGUUAUCGAGCAGACUGCACUCUACAACUACUUAACUGACAAAAGCUGGCUAAAGGCGACAGCGGCAGCCGGAACAAAAAGCUUUUUCCACGAGCAGAUGUGCUGGUUUGUACAGAUGUGCUGGUUUGCAUGCCGUUUUCUACAAGAAAUGCCAAUUAAAACCGGUUGCUGUGGUUCUAAAUCAGCAGACUUUACAUCCUUGCCAUCCAUAUUACAUAAAUUAUCAUAUGUAAUUAACUUUCUUACACAACCGCCACGUGUCAGCUAUAACGAUCGACCAUCCGGAAUAAACAAAAACCCUGCAGCGGUGAAAAACAUAACCGUUUCGCCGUUAUAAACCGCCGUUUCCAUCUGAAUUUUCCCAGAUUGUUUUGGUGUCGAUUUCGUUGCCGAAUUGCUUCGUUUCUUGUACCGCUGUACCAUGGCAAAACUGAUCGGAAUGGUCGUCGUUUUAAGCGUUUGUGCUAUGGCACUGGUGGAUAGUGCGGUGCCAGUGGCGUACAUUUGCCGGUUUUACAGCAACGGUGAAAAAGGCUGCCAAAAGAAAUGCGCAGCCGCAUCGGAUGCGGACAUCGACAAAUUAACCAACGCCCGCCCGGCAUCCAAUGAUAUUCCACAAAAACAGAUCGACGACACCAAGAUCGAUCCGCUCCUCUUCUAUAAGUGCAGCGAUUUCCCGGUCACCAGCAAAUGGAAUGUCAAAUCCAAGCAGUUAUUCUCGGCCGGGUUCACCAACGCCCUGAAGGAUGCGCCCAAGAACAAGAAGACAUACCUGGGAUCGUGCGCCUUUAACAACGACAAAGGCAAAGGCUGGAGUUGCCGCGUUGUGUCCAUUGACAAGGAUGCCGGAAAGGUAUACAGUGGCGGAGAGGUGCACUCCGAUAACCUGCGCGCUAUUCAGGGAAAGCCAUCGUGGAAAGUAACCGGAAACGACGAUGUACAGUUUGUGGACAAUUAAUGGUUUCGGCAACUAAACUCUCUAUGUGCUGUGAUGGAAUACCCUACACCGCCGCUUUCUUAGAUCCUAACAAAAAAAUCAUAGUUGCUCCUGCGAAAUUGCUCGUGCACGUCCUCUGCUGAUUCGUAUAUCGCUUUCUUUAACUUUGCUGUUGCACAGAUAGCCUGUGUGUGUGAUGUAUGCAGGAGAAAAUAACAAUUGCUUUUUUUAAUCAAAAAUUAAAUUCGUCACUGCCGGUACUGUCACAUAGAGCAGAGUUGUCACCUUGUAUGUACCGAGGAAACAGCGCUAAAAAA